GGAUAUGAUGGCUGCUGUUGUGGUUGUUGUGCGUAGCUUAGCAUGUUUGAUCAGUAACAUAAUGUGAUUUAACGAAGGUUUUCCAUCAAUGAAACCGUUGGACUCGGACGAAGAGGAGGCGGAGCAGCUGGAGGCGAAGCACAAGGAGCUGCGGCAACGAGCCAACCAGAGCUUCCAGCAGCUGAGCAGUGCUCUGGAGCAGCUGAGCCCUGAUGGAGCGGAGGUGGAGGGGGUCAGAGGAGGUGAUGGCAACUUCUUCACGACCGUGUCUGAAGAGGACAGGGCUGCAUGGAGCCACAAGACGCAGAGCGAAGCAGUUAAUCAGCUGAAGAGUCUUCUACUGAAGCAGUGCAGAGAAAUCCCUCCUCCUCUCACUCCUUCAGAGAAACCAUCCAAGAAAGUACAGCAGGAGGGAAGGUCCAGUUUGCCGGCCUUUCAGGAUUUGGUCCCAAUGAUUCACAACCAGUCAGAGUACAUCCAGCACCUGGAAGCUGAGGUCAAAUUCUGCAAGGAAGAGCUGCAGGGGAUGAAACAGCGGAUCAGAGUGGUGGUGGUGGAAAAUGAGAAGCUGCAUUCAGAGCUCAAAUUCAAAGCUGUGGAUGAAUCUCUGAGAGAUUACACAAUCCGAAACUCUACGGUAAAUGAGAGUGUGGUCAACAGCCACCUAGCCUCCAACACAGACCACAGUGUGCUGCAGAGAGCAGAGCACAACACAUGGAAAAAUGAGCUGGAGCAAUUGAAAGUGAUCUACCAGGCCCAGAUUGAAAGCUUGGAGGCUCAGGUGAUCUCCCUCAGGAAGAAUCUGUCAGUCAGUCAGAAGGAGUGUGAGGAGGUGAAGGUCCGUCUGAGACACAGAGAGAAACAGGCUGCAGAUGCACUGAGGGCUGAUGGAGGUCCCCGUGUGGCUGGAUUGUGUAUGAAGUGUGCGCAGCAUGAAGCUGUGCUGGCUGGGACUCACACAAAUCUGCAUGUCCAGGCUAUUGACAGGCUCACAAAAGAGCGUGAUGAGUUACUGGUGGCUCUGCGUGCUGUGAGGACGAGUCAGCAAGAGGCACAACAGAGGGAGUGGUCAGCCUGUCUCCAGGUCAAACAGGCUGUGGAGAUGGCAGAAGAGGCAAAUCUGCACAAAGCAAGGGCGGAAGUGCAGUGUGAGCAGUUAUCCAGGGAGCUGGCUCGGCAGAGGGAACAGCUCGACCGAGAAGCUCACGCUAUGCAGGAGAGGCUGGCUGAAGCCCGAGAGGAGGGCCGGGCUGGGUCUCGUAAACAAAAAGAGGAGCUGGCACAUACAGUGUCUAGCCUCUCCCAGCGUGUAGCUGAGUUGGAAGGACAGCUCGACAGAGCUCACAGAGACAAGAGUUCACUGACCAAUCAGCUGGAAGACACUCUCCACAAACUAACCAGUCAGGAGCAAGACAACACACAGGUAUGUGUGGAUCUGCGAUAUCAGCUCAGCCAGGCCAAACUGAAGAAAGAGGAGGCAGAGAGAGAUCUCAGAGAGCUCAAAGCCAAGACUAGCAGACAGAUGGAAAAGGCUGCACAGGAAGUGGAAAGGCUGAGCUCAGAGCUGGUUGGCUGUCGGCAGCAUCUGGAGGCGGUCCAAAAGGAUGGGAGCCAAUGGCAGGCCGAAGCCCUGAGCCUAGCAGAACAGCUGGCAAAUGCCCAGCGCCAACUGCACCUCACCAGACAGGACAGAGAGAGUGCAGAACGGGCUCACGACGAGGAAAUGGCGUCUGCGACCCUUUCAGCGCGGGAAAGAGAGCGAGAGCUGAGUGUGAUGCUGCAGCAAACGGAGGCUCGACACCUGCAAAGAGUUGGAGAGUUGGAUGGUCUCCUGAGUUCCCAGAAUUCCCUGAUCAGGAAGCUAAAGGACGAGUGCUGCAAACUCGGGGCCAAACUGGAAGAUCUGACAGAAAACAGCAGAAGUGAGCUGGAACAGCUGGCGUUGGAGAAGCAUCACUUGGAGGAGACCGUGAAGAGUCUGAGAGCUCGUUGCUCCAACAUGGAGGAACAGUGUGUCCAGCACGGCCGCAUGCACCAACGCAUGAAGGACAGGCUGCAGCAGUUGGACCGUCACUGUCAGAGCAGCGCCCAGCAGGUGUGUGAGCUGCUGGUCAAACAGAACCAGCUGAUGCAGGAGAGAAACACACUCAGCGAGGAGAUGCAGAACCUACGCAUCGAGCUGCCCAACGCUUUGCCCACAUGAGCGAGUCUGUCCGGACUGCUGGCUCUUCUUCAUCCUCUGGAUCUGGACGUUGCUACU